AUGGAGCGUUCCGUCAACCCUACUCGUACGACUGAAAAGAAAGAGGUUGAGUUGACUCGGAUUUACUCAGCGGCGACUGGACAAGUGAAUGAGACAACCAAGACUUAUGAAUCCUCAACUUCUGGGGAAGUGCCUAAUCUUCAGAGAACAGAUUUGGAUGCAGCUAUCGAAGCUGCUGUGAACAAUCGCCAGUUGAACCCAAGACAGAUUCAACUGACUGCUAUCGCUGGAUCGAUUGGAGCGAAUGGCUCUGGCGUCCUAUCUGGUCCACUUUGCUUGUUGAUUGGUUUCCUUUUCUGGACUACAGUCGUCGUCUGUAUAGCACAGUGCCAAACCGAAACUGUUGGUCUUUUCCCUCUUGAUGGAUCAUUCAUUCGUUUAGCGGCCCGCAUGGUUGACCCCGCCCUUGGUGUAGCAGUUGGUUGGAAUCAUUUCGUAGGUUGUAUUAUUGCGUUGUUAUACCUUACUAACAAAAGAGUUCGCACAAACGUCCUAUGUCAUCUUCGAGGCUACUGUCCUCAAUACACUUGUCGAGUAUUGGGGGUAUGGCCGAUCACCUGCCAUUUGAUCACAGUGGCAUUGCUUUUCUUCUUAGCCAUCAAUGUAUAUAGAGCCGAUCUCUUUGGAGAAGCAGAAUUCUGGUUGGCUUUGGGGAAAGUGCUCUUGGCUACUGGCUUGAUUGUUUACACCUUCGUCACUAUGGUAGGAGGCAAUCCUGAACACGAUCGUUAUGGCUUCCGAUACUGGAGGGAUCCUGGGCCUUGGGCAGGCACGAGUCCGUCAACUCGCUUAGAGUCUUUUAUCAAUGCAGUAAAUGUCGCCGGCUUUUGUAUGGGAGGGCCAGAAUACAUCUCAAUGAUUGCUGGUGAAGCCAAAGACCCGCGUCGUACAGUACCUCGGGCUUUCAAGACGAUUGUUGCGCGGCUCAUUGUCUUCUUCAUUGGAGGGUCUCUUUGCGUUGGAAUUUUGGUUCCGUACAACGAUAAAACUCUCAACAAUGGAGCUUCGACUUACUCGGGAGCCUCUCCAUAUGUCAUUUCAAUGCAACGCCUUCAAAUUCCAGUCUUGCCAUCUAUCGUUACGGCAGCUCUCUUGACGAGCAUCAUUUCAGCUGGAAACGCGUAUACUUUCAAUGCGUCACGAAGCCUGCACGCCUUGGCGCUGGAGGGGCAGGCACCUAAGAUCUUUCGUCGACUGAACAAGAAGGGUGUACCGUAUAUCGCUGUUAUCAUGGUUAUGCUAUUAUCUUGCCUCGCGUACUUGGCUCUCGGGUCUAGCAAUUCUCAGGUGCUCAAUUGGAUCUUGAACUUUUGUACUGCCGCCACUAUGUUUAAUUGGAGUGUAAUGUCAAUGACAUGGAUUCGCUUUAAUGCUGCUAUGAAAGCACAAGGAAUCGAGAGGACAGGUUUUUUGCCUAGUGUUUCACGUUUUCAGCCUUUUGCAGGGUAUUGGGGCUUUGGCUGGAGCUUCCUCUUCCUCUGGCUACAAGGCUACUCAGUCUUUUUGAAAGGGAACUGGAAAGUCGCUACUUUCAUCUUCGAUUAUGGCAUUAUUGCUCUUGCUGGAGGAAUUGGCGUUGCAUGGAAGAUCGUUAAACGCACCCCAUUACAUCACAGCAAAGAUGUAGAUUUGAGUACAAAUCUUAAAUUCUUUGAAGCUCUGACAGAAUACUACCGAAACGAACGAGAAGCUGCGCCGAUUAGUGUGAAAGACAAGAUGCUGGCGAAACUGUUUUAA